AUGAGCCUCAACGUGAACGGGCUUCCAGACAAGGGGCUCUUGCACGAUGAACAUGUGUUUGAUCGACUACAGCCGCUAGUCCAGCCGCUUGUUGCAGGUAUGGAAGCAAAAUCGCUUUCUGCGCCGACCAAGGAUGGGCCUCUCACCGCCAAACAGCUGGCGCAAUUUGUGUACGACGUGGGCUAUUUUCAAGAAAAUGUGCUGGGCUUUGGCGCCGCACGCCCUGCUCAUCCCAGCGCGCGCGACAAAGGCCACGAGCACCCAGUGCGUCUCCCGCAGUCGCUGCUGCUCACGCACCCCUCGCACACAAACUUUGCACCGCUUGAUACAAAAGCGCCGCUCUACGCACUCCUCCAAGCGUGCUUCGAAUUUCUGGCAGAGCGCGGCGAGGCGUCGUGGGAUAUGGAGGAUGCUGCAAAACGCGGACUGUACGUCGACAUGAUUGCCAGCGUGCGCACGAGGCUGGCACGGGAAGGCAAGCUUUCCAUACCACGCAUCGCCGUUUCUCGCGAAAUGACCGAGGCGGAAAUUGCACACUUGCGCAGUAUCAUCGACAUUCUCGGUUGGCACUGGGCCGAUGACCAUGCGAACGCGACACAUAUCCUCAAACCGUCCUCCGAAACGCUUCCAGACCUCACCGCGACCGAGAAGCCCCCCGAGUCGGAAUACUUUCGCGUCGUGGCACACAACGACAAGCGUGUUCUCAUUCAUGUUUGGUACCGCCCCGACUCGUACGAUACGUGGCUCCCCGACAAGGACUUUUCUUUGCCAGAGCCCGCACCGCCGCAGCGCACGAGCGCCUGGCAGAUCAGCGCGCGUUGGCUGCGUGACGCGCAACUGUACAACGAGGUCAUGAAUGAAGAGGACUACGACCAGGACGAGGAGAACGCCGCUGAUGCUGAGCAGGCGUCCGCAGCAGACACCGUCGACGACACGCGUCGCGCGCGGAAACACAGCCUCCCAGAGACAAUCAGCGAUGACGCGGCGAACAAGCGUAUUAAGCUGCUUGUCAGUGCAAAGCCAUCCAACGCCACGCCCGUCGAUCUCUCUGGCUCCCAGCCUAUUCCCGGAAAAAAGUACGAGAGCGAGCCGGUGCCAGGCAGCACGCUGGGCAACUUGCCCGCCGAGUCAAGUCCUCUCCCCUCUGCACACGCCGAUGCAUCGCAGCCUGUACGCACUGCAGCGACAGAGGAUGCAAUUUCCACCCCUGCUCCGCCCACGAGCAUCCCCGAGACUCUUGACGCCGACGAAGCCGCACAGACGGCGCGCAAAUACCUCUCGGAGCAAACACAAGAGGUUGUUAUCCCUUCGUACUCUACCUGGUUUGACAUGUCGACUAUCAACCCCAUCGAGCGCCGCUCCCUUCACGAAUUCUUCAACAACAAGAACAGAAGCAAAACACCGUCGGUGUACAAGGACUAUCGCGACUUUAUGGUCAACACGUACAGGAUGAACCCCUCCGAAUACCUUACUUUCACUGCCUGCCGCCGCAACUUGGCCGGCGAUGUGUGUGCCAUUAUGCGUGUGCACGCGUUUCUGGAACAGUGGGGAUUGAUCAACUACCAAAUCGACCCAGAAACGCGCCCCGCCGCGCUAGGACCGCCUUUUACGGGCCAUUUCCGCGUGCUGGUAGACACGCCCCGCGGAUUGGCGCCGCUGAAUCCGAGCAUCAAGCAGGACGCUGUGCCUACCACGCAGGAGGUCAAGCAGGAGCGCACAGGCGAGACUUUGUCGCUCGAGCUGCGCCGCUCCGUGUUUCAAUCUUCCCUAAAAGGGUCCAAAACAGUGGACUUUGCCGACGCCAACUCUCUUGCCGCACAGGCGAACAAGGAGCUCGAGCAAGGCUCGGAUAAAAAGCCGCAGUACGCCUGCGAUACCUGCGCGGUAGACUGUACCAGUGUACGCUAUCAAAGUGCGCGUGUCAAAGACUUUGCGCUUUGUCCCCCGUGCUACUUGGAAGGCCGCUUUCCCACCUCGAUGUACUCGGGCGAUUUUGUGCGACUCGAUGAGCCUGCGUUUAAGCAGCCCGGCGGCGUCUCGGGCCUGACUGAGGACGACUGGUCCGACCAAGAGACGCUCCGCCUUUUGGAAGGCAUUGAAAUGUACGAAGAAGACUGGACUAUGGUCGCGUCUCAUGUCGGGACACGAAGCAGGGAGCAGUGCAUCACGAAAUUUAUCCAGCUGCCUAUCCAGGACAAAUUCUUGGACGGUGCCAUGCCGCAGUCUGCCCUCGGCGGCCUUCAGUUUGCACCGACCGAUCCCGCGUCGGGCGAAAAAGGAACGCCGCUGGUGCCGUUUGCACAGGCAGAUAACCCCGUGAUGAGUGUCGUGUCGUUGCUCGCCAGUGCAGUGAGCCCUGCCGUGGCAGCGGCAGCGGCGCAGAGCGCACUGGGCGAGCUCACCGACGGGGUGAAGAAGCGCAUCGAUGCUGCGGCGGGUGCGCCACAAGUCCCGGAGCCAAUGCAUACCGAGGCAAGCGCCGAGGAAAACUACAUCGAAGACACCAAAGAGCACGAAGGCGCGGAGGACCUCGCCAGCGACGCAGACAAGGCCAAGGAGGCGGAAGCGGAAGCGGUGCCGCACAGCGCUGUGGAACGAGCUGCAUCGAUUGCACUGGGCGCCGCAGCAGCAAAGGCAUACGUGCUUGCAAGCUACGAGGAACGCGAGUGCCAGCGCCUCGUGCAGCAAGUGAUCGAGGCGCAAAUGAAGAAGAUGGAGCUGAAAAUGACGCAGUUUGAAGAGCUCGAGUCGCUGCUCGAGUCAGAGUGCCGCACCAUCGAGGCUGGUCGCAAGCAGCUUUAUGCUGACCGAUUGGCCGUCCAGCGCCAGCUUGCGGCGGUGCAUGAGUUGCUGCGCAAAGCAAACGAGGCACCCAAAGAGGUGCGCCCCGACGAGGUCGCCCAGGUGAGCAGCGCUGCUCAAGGGCUUCCCCAGCAAGGUCCUGUAGUACGACAGGGUCCCGCCGAGACUGCUCCGCACCAUGGCGCCAUCGGCCGGAUAAACUAG